CAUCUUCUUCUUGUUCUUGUACUAACUACUCCUAACUCCCACCACCUCCGCCUCCGCGUCGCCCCGCCGCGCGCCUCCUCCCCGCCUCGCCGCCGGCGCGCACCUCCUCGCGGAUCGCGAUGCACAAGACGGCGCAGGCCUGGUUCACCGGCGGCCCCGCCGCCCCCGCCGCCUCCGCCGGCGAGUCGCAGCCGUCCCUCCUCGCCGACUGGAACUCCUACGCCGCCUCCCGCCCCGACGCCUCCUCCUCCUCCCCUCUCCCUUUCGACAUCGAGGCCGCCGUCCGCUCCGCCAACGACACCGUCUCCGGCACCUUCAGCGUGGUGACCAAGGGCGUGCGGGAGCUGCCGGGGAGCUUCCAGAGCGCGACGAGCAGCUUCCCGUCGGGGAAGGCGCUCAUGUACUUCGGACUCUUCCUCGCCACCGGCAUCUUCUUCGUCUUCAUCGCGUUCGCGCUCUUCCUCCCCGUCAUGGUGAUCAUGCCGCAGAAGUUCGCCAUCUGCUUCACGCUCGGCUGCGGGCUCAUCAUCGCAUCCAUCUUCGCGCUCAAAGGACCCGCCAGCCAGUUCGCCCACAUGACCUCCAUGGAGAGGCUACCAUUUACAGGGGCACUUAUUGGAUGCAUGGUUGGUACCAUUUAUGUGUCAAUGUUUCUUCACAGCUAUUUCCUCUCAGUGAUAUUCUCUGUCCUUCAGGUUCUAUCUCUUGCUUACUACACCAUAUCCUACUUUCCUGGGGGUUCCAGUGGAUUGAAAUUUAUCUCCUCGAGUCUCUUGUCAUCAGUAACGAGCUGUUUUGGCCGGUAACCUGAGUAGGAUGACAACUACUUGAUCAUAUAUCCUUCAUUUUUCUUGCAAUAUUUUUGUAUGUAGCACUGAUCAACGAUAGAGAGAUUGUGACACCCCUCCUACUCAUGCUUGUUGCUGUUUAGACUAAGAUCAAUACGGGGUGAAAAGGUUUGUCGUACUUAUGUAUCUGAAGGUCAUAUUGUGGAAAUAAAGCUGUCCUUUCCUUGUGUAUGA